UACAGAUGGCAGCGUGUGCAGCAAUGAGAAAUAAUAACGCAGAAGAAGAGUGACGAAAAUUAACUGCACUUUAUUUAUAUUUUGCUUUAUUUAUAAACUGACUUUAAAGUCCACGUUUAUUCAGGUACAACACGAUUAUCGACAUAAAUUACAUUGCGGGAGAGAGAGAAAUGUUUGCAGAGCUGAACAACAUUCUGAACACCAGCCCUGAUGACGUCACACAGAGGAGCUUCAUCCUGCUGUCAGACAGGAAGGCAGACGCUUCGUUCCUCAUCCAUCAUUACCUCAGCUUUUAUCUGAAGGCUGGCUGUAAAGUGUGUUUUAUUGGCCUGGUGCAGUCGUUCAGUCACUACAGCGCUGUGGCUCAAAGACUGGGAAUAAAUCUGGUGCAGGCGAAAGAAAAAGGUCAGCUGGUGUUUGUAGAAGCUCUGAAGGCCUCGGCUGCCGUGAUGCUCAGUGAGAGCAGUGAUGAAGUAGCGCAGCUGUUUGAUUAUCUCAGGUCCCCAGUCCCGGACCUCAGAGCUCUGUUUGAGUUUGUAAGUUCCUCUCUGAGUCAGUGCGAGGCCGAGGCAGGUUCGAGCUCCUCCCCAGUGCUGAUUGUGGAUGACCUGAGUGUGUUGUUGAGUUUGGGCGUCAGUGUCAGAGCCGUUUUGGACUUCACACACUAUUGUCAGGCCUCCAUCUGCUCUCGACUGCAAGGCUCUGUUGUAACUCUGGUGCGAUGUGACGAUGAGGAAGAGGAGGAUGAGGAUGAGAGCUCCAGCCAUCUCCUGCAGGCUUUGAGUCAUCAGUGCACUCUGUCUCUGCGUGUUGAGGGGCUUCAGACGGGUUACUGCAGGGACAUCCACGGCCAGGUGGAGAUUUGGUGGAGAGGCAGCGGAGAGAACGUGCAGAGCCAGAGAAAGAUCUUUCAGUACAAAGUUCACGAUAAAGGCGCGUCGUUCUUUGCACCAGGAACCUCGAGCGCUGUGCUUUAACAUUGUGGUGAUGAUGAUGAUGAUGAUGAUGAUGAUGAUAACUCAUUGUGUUUCUUGGACUCUGAUGGCUCUGUAAUGUAUUUAAGCUUUUUAUAUAAAUCUAUUUGCCUAAU